AUGGAGGGAUGCUGGGGAUUGGAGGUGACCAAUGGCUCAAAGAGCAGCUUGGAGUUCAACCCGAUGAAGGACUACAUGAUCCUGAGCAAUGCCCAGAAGAUAGCUGUGGCGGUGCUGUGUACCCUGCUGGGCCUGCUAAGUGCCCUGGAGAACUUGGCAGUGCUGUAUCUUAUCCUGUCCUCCCAGCGGCUCCGCAGGAAGCCCUCAUACCUGUUCAUCGGCAGCUUGGCUGCAGCCGACUUCCUGGCCAGUGUGAUCUUUGCCUGCAACUUCGUCAUUUUCCAUGUCUUCCAUGGUGUUGACUCCAAGGCUGUCUUCCUGUUGAAGAUUGGCAGUGUGACCAUGACCUUCACAGCCUCUGUGGGGAGCCUGCUGCUGACUGCUGUUGAUAGAUAUCUAUGUCUGUGCUACCCACCUACGUACAAAGCUCUCGUCACCCGUGGGAGGGCACUGGUGGCCCUUUGUGUCAUGUGGGUCUUCUCAGCAUUGAUCUCCUACCUGCCACUCAUGGGAUGGACUUGCUGUCCUAGCCCUUGCUCUGAGCUUUUCCCUCUCAUCCCCAAUGACUAUCUCCUGGGCUGGCUCCUACUCAUUACCAUCCUCUUCGUUGGCAUCAUCUAUACCUAUGGCUAUGUUCUCUGGAAAGCCCACCAGCAUGUAGCCAGCUUGGCAGAGCAUCAGGACAGGCAGGUGCCUGGGAUAGCUCGGAUGCGGCUAGAUGUGAGGUUGGCCAAGACUCUGGGGCUGGUUCUGGCUGUUCUGCUCAUAUGCUGGUUCCCUGCAUUGGCUCUUAUGGGCCACAGCCUGGUCACCACACUGAGUGACCAGGUCAAGGAGGCCUUUGCCUUCUGUUCCAUGCUGUGCCUGGUUAACUCUAUGGUCAACCCUAUCAUUUAUGCCCUGCGAAGUGGAGAGAUCCGCUCUGCUGCCCAGCACUGCCUGGUAGGCUGGAAGAAGUAUCUACCGGGCCUCGGGCCUGAGGGAAAGGAAGAAGCGCCAAGGUCCUCAGUUACGGAGACAGAGGCUGAUGUGAAAACCACCGCAGUGCCUGGUUCCAGAAGUCCGGGCUGCUCCAAUUGCUGA